ACACACCACAUCACAACACAGAAAAAGAAACAGUUACAACGACAGUUAGUAACGAGUAACGACUACCAACUAACCCUUUUCCACACACUGUUCCAUUUCACUGCAGCAACAUCAAAGAACAAAACUUUUCACUCAUUGACAUGAUUCCCUUUAAUCAUUUUUCCGAUAACUCUGAGAUUUCAUCAUCGUCGCCGGUGUCGGUCGGUUCUCGAAAGGCGCUGUCCGACGAGGAGGUGUUCCUGGCGGCGAGCCACCCGAAGAAGCGCGCAGGGAGGAAGAAGUUCAGGGAGACACGGCAUCCGGUGUACCGGGGAGUGAGGAAGAGGAACUCCGGCAAGUGGGUGUGCGAGGUGAGGGAGCCCAACAAGAAGACCAGGAUUUGGCUGGGGACCUUCCCCACGGCGGAAAUGGCGGCGCGUGCACACGACGUGGCGGCGAUUGCGCUCAGGGGGAGGUCAGCCUGCCUCAACUUCGCGGACUCCGCGUGGCGAUUGCCGGUACCGGCGACGUCGGAGGCUAGAGAUAUCCAGAAAGCGGCGGCAGAAGCGGCGGAGGUGUUCCGGCCGGGGACUGUGUUGGAGACAGAUGAGGGGAGGAAGGAUAGUGAGUCUGCAGUGGCGGUGGCGGUUGCGGAGGAGGCGACGGUGAUGACGGAGGAACAAGGAGAAGGAGAAGAUGUGCCGGAGUAUCUGAGGAACAUGGUGCUCCUGUCACCAACACAUUAUUGGGAGAGUGAAUAUGGCACUGCCGACGUGGAAUUUGAAGAUGCUGAAGUUUCAUUGUGGAGUUAUUCAAUUUAAUUUGAAUUUUUUAUAACUAUCUUCGGUAAUGAAGAGGUUUUGGUAGGAUUUGCAAAAUAGUGUCCGUACAAACGAUUUUUAAACCAGUACGGAUACUGAUUAUAGAU